GUCACGGAUUAGACACAAAGAAAAAAUUCAGACUGGUGCUACAUCGCGGACGUUGGCCGCUUGGAGCAGAUGCUCAUUGUUAGAGGAAGAAAUGAAUAUCCCGCAGGACAGACAUGGGUAGAGCAAUGCGGACGCCAGAGAGAAUGGCAAUCUCUUAAAAGCUCGACAUCGAACGGACCCCAUUUCCCUCCCGCACUUGCAUGACCUCUAUCCGCUGCGUCGGGAUCGAAGAAGCAACCUCAGCUCAACUGCAAUGUCGUCCAUCGAUCACGCAAAGCAACCGCAGGAGAUUGAUGAGGAGGUCCAGGAUGUCCAGCCUACGAAGCCUGUAUCACGUUUCACGCGCUGGUAUAGAUCGCCCUUGUUCAAUGUCAUCAUUGUGGGCUUGAUUUCCUUCACUCAGCCUGGUAUCUGGAAUGCUCUUAACAGCACCGGUGCUGGUGGCCAGCAAGAGCCUUACCUCGUCAAUGGCUCCAACUCCCUCACUUUCGGCAUCAUGGUCUUUGGCUGCAGUUUCUUCGCCAUCAUGGCCAACAAGAUCGGUCUGAAGACGGUUCUGAUCAUCGGUACCCUCGGCUACGCACCGUACUCGGCAUCGAUGUACGUCAACAACCGCUACGGCGUAGAAUGGUUCGUGCUAUUCGGCGGUGCGACUUGCGGUGUAGCUGCCUCCGCUCUGUGGGCAGCUGAAGGCGCUAUCGCUUUGGGGUACGCCGACAUCAAGGACAGAGGAAAGUUCACCGGUAUCUGGCUCGGUCUGCGUGAGCUUGGACAGCUUCUCGGCGCCGCAAUCCAGCUCUCCCUGAACGUCAAGGAGAACCAGCGUGGAAAGGUUGGAUAUUCGACCUACCUGGUCUUAAUCGCCCUGCAGUGCCUUGGUCUUCCUUUGGCGUUGCUCGUAUCGCCCCCGCAGAAGGUCAUCCACAGCGACGGCCGGAAGAUCGCUGACCCUACCAAGAACAAGGCUGUUUUGGGAGAGUUCCGCAAGUGGCUCAAAUUGCUCAAGAAGAAGCAGUUCUACCUUCUGAUUCCCAUCCUUGUCGGCUUCAACUGGAACAGCACCUACCAGGGUAUUUACCUGACUAAGUAUUUCUCGGUGAGGGCGAGAACCCUCGGUGCCUUGACGUCUGGUAUUGCGGCAUCUGCUGCCAACAUCUUCUGGGGCUGGUUCUAUGACCUGAAGUGCUUCAGCCGACCUCAGCUCGCCAAGAUUACUUGGUCCUGCUUUUCCGUCACCAUGCUUGGCCUGUUCGCAUGGCAGGUGGCCAACGAGAAACUCUACGAGGACACUGUUCCCAAAGUUACCCUCGACUGGAGCACUCCUGGAUUCGGACGCGGUUUUGCUGUCAACGUGCUCUUUCGCUUCAUGAACGAGUCGCACUACAUGUUUGUUUACUGGAUUAUGGGCACCUUCUUUGACGACAUCGAGACUCUGACCCUCGGCGUUGGUCUCGUUCGGUCCUUCGAAUCCAUUGGCUCAUGCUUGGCCUUCGGCAUUGGUGCCGUUAAGGUUUCUCCGAUGGUGAACCUCGUCGUUGCGUUCGUCAUGUUUGUCGUCUGCGUCCCUGCGACGUCGUGGGCUGUUUUGCUUGUGCCAGAGCGACCAGUCGACAAUACGAAACUAGAGGCAGAAGACUCUGCUGUCGAAGACACGAAAGUAAUCGCCAGCCCAGUUGAUGUAACUAUCGCUGCGGCCGCCGUUGAUGGUCCUCGGAACCUUUGAGAUGCCUCGAUGGCUUAUCCAAGCUUUAGUUUAGCCACAGCGGAUCGGCUGCUUAGGCAGUCACGCAUUGCCAGAGUGUUUACAAUCAAAAUAUUUUUCAAAACGGUCUUUGAAGUUGAGGAGUAAGAAUAAGG